UAAGCUGAGUGAUUCUAUGACGCAGGAAAAUGAACACUUAAAAGCCGAUACCAUUAGCAAACAGUGAAGAAUUUCUAAUGUGGUCGACAAAUUGAUAGCUAGAUACGGCAAAUCGGUUUACAAAACUUAACAACGGAACAUACUCUUACUCUUGUCUUUUACGGAGAGUAAAAUUGUUAUGAGAGCAGUGUUAAAAACAGUUUGUGUUUUAAUUUGUUUCAUUAUGUUUAUAAUAGCAUUUGGAUUAUGCCUCUACUCAUAUAUAAGCUCGUUGUUAUACAAGAUCGUGAAAAGUACUUUCCAGCAGCAAUGCUUACACAGCUGCUUUACUACUGAGAGAGAUAUUCUUGUUCAACAAAGAAAUGACAUUUCUAAACUGCUAAAUCAAAAGCAAAAAGUCAAUGGCCAAAUGAAAUGCAACUAUUUAAGAGAUACAAAUACAUCUGCAUAUCAGACAACCGAAGAAGGGGGCUGGUGCCCGAUAGCCACAAAGACAAAACAUUUAGGAUUUGAUAGAAGUCUUGCUACAACUUUGGCACACUUUUUUAAAGGAAAAACAGUAGGAAGUUUUGGAGACGGUCCUGGGGCAUACAAAAUGGAAAUACUGACAACAGGAUUGGUAAAAGAUUAUGACGCGUAUGACGGAGCACCGUUUUGUGAAGAAACAAGUAAUGGCUCUGUGCGUUUUCUUGAUCUAUCCAUACCACAGUAUGGGCUUCCUGUUUAUGACUGGAUUUUGUGUCUUGAAGUUGCUGAACAUAUACCAGAAGAAUUUGAAGCCAUAAUGAUAGAUAAUAUCAAGCGUCAUGCUCGUGAAGGAGUAAUUUUAAGUUGGGCUAUACCUGGGCAGGGAGGUUACUCACACGUCAAUAAUCGAUCACCAGAAUAUGUAAUUGCUGAAAUGGAAAAAAUAGGAUUUCACUAUGAUUCACAGGAAACAAAUAACAUUAGAAAGGGCGCAAAGCAUAGAAAUCUUCAGAGAAAUAUAAACGUUUUCCUACGAACUGUGGUCAACAACUUGUCAAUUGAUUCCUAAUAUGAUAGUUGAGAAAAAGGACAAUAUUUUCGGUCUUAGGUUUUAAGUCAAAUUGGAGUAGUUUUAACAAACGUAUACUUUUAUUAUUGAGGUCAGUGUUUUUGGUCAAAUGCCAGUUUUAUUUUUUCAAACGGAUAGAAAUAUUCACAAUACUUGAUAUAUGACGUAUGGUUCAGUCAGUGCAAACUAUAAAUCAGUAUAACAACAAUUUCUCCUGGUGAAGAAUAAACACGUUUUAACGAUUGCAUUCAUAUAUGUUUAUGUGUACAUGUGCUCAGACUGUGUAAAUGUAUACAAUAAAACGUUCGCAACACAUAUACCUCAAAGUGCUUCUGUCACACAUAUACCUGGUGAUUAACCGCUCCAUAAUAUACUUAGUCUUGUGCAAGUGCUUCUGCCGCACAUUUAUCAGGUAAAGUGCUUCUGCAGCACAUGUACAGGAAAAUGUGCGUCUGCCGCACAUAAACUAUAUAGUGCUUUUGACGCAUAGUUACUGGCAAAUUGCUGCAUAAAAUGUGGGAGACUUUCUUUUUUAAAGCAAAUUCUCGACAAAGAGCUUUUGCGGCACGUAUACAGCAAAUUCCUUCUGCAGCAGAUAAACGGGGAAAAGUUUCUGCUGCACGUGUUCGGCAAAGUGCUUGUACCGCACAAGUUCUGUCACACUCACGGGGCAAAGGUUUGAUGCCAUAAAAAUACAAGCCAAAGUGCUAUACACUUACGAGGCAAAAUACUUCUGCAACAGUGGUACGGGGCAAAUUGCUCCUCUACAGAUAUGCAUUGCAAAGUGCUUCUGCCUCACAUGUGCUUAGCUAACUGCUUCUGUGACACUUAUAUAUGGAAAAGUGAUUUCGCCACACAAUCACACGGGGCAAAGUGCUUCUUCUUCCACACAGAUACUUGGCAAAGUGCCAUUUCCUGUUCGGGGCAAAGUGCUUCCGCCAGCCAAGUAACUGUCUAAGUGCGUCUGAUACAUAUAUACUGGUCAAAGUGCUUUUGACACACACACGGGGCAAAGUUCUUCUUUCGCAUAUGUACUAUGCAAUGUGCCCAACAACACACAUAGAGAACAACGUAUUUCUGCCAUAUAUAUACGCGGCGAAGUGCUUCUGCCACACAUAUAGGGGGCAAUUGACUUCUAGAGCACAUACUAUGCAACGUAAUUCUGUCACUUAUAAAAGUGCUUAUGCAGCUGAAAAACUGCAAUGUGCUUCUGCGUCACCAAUACGGAGACACGGAUACCAUGCAAAGUGCUUUUGCCUCGCAAUAGAUGGACUAAGUGCUUCUUCCAGUCAUAUAUAGAACGGUGUUUCUGCUACACAUAUACAAAGCAAAGUGCUCCUGCCAAAAAUAUGCAAGAUUAUUUUACCGCUAAAUACGACAAAUUGCUUGCCGCACAAAAGAAUGUAAUUUAGAUUGUAAAUGGAGUAAACACGUUUCUAAAAAGUUCCGUUUUUACCAUUUCACUAACGGUUAUUUUUGUAAUCGUCCACGCAAAUGAUAUAUAAACGGAAAGCGUUAUCGUGAAUCGUUCAUCCAACAAAAAGCUUGGUUAGCGUUCCGAAAUAAGUGAAUUAGCUACAAAAAAAUCUUGUUUUAAAAAUUAAAAUGCAAUAAAGUGCUCAUGUUUCAAUCACCUUUUACGACACCGGGAAUACAGCCGGUAUGACGAAAUUCCGGAAAGGGCUUCAUAUGAUUGGAAAAAACCUUUCAUAUGUUUAUUAUUGGGCUUUUUUCAUAUUUAAUUUAGCAAUCAAAAAACCCAUGCAUUAUGAAAAAUAAAAUUACCAAUCUUAGAGAUUCAACAAAUAAUUGAAAUAGCUUAACAUGUUCUAAAAGGGUCAGCCAUGUGUUCAUUUUUUGUGAUGAUUACUUUCUCAUAUGUCCUUUAACAGAAAAUAAAAGAUGAAGAAAUGUUUGUAUUUUCGAGUUUUAAAUAGAUUAAAAGUGCGGGCCUGUUAGCAGGGCAUUUGGCAAUACUAGCACCAGGGCUGAUGAAAGAGCACCCGGUAACGGAUAUUACAACAUUCCAACAUACGCAACUGUUAUGAUAUCCAAAAUUCACAGGAAACCAGACAGAGGUGGAAAAACAACAUAUAUUGGAUGUCAGUUUGCACAAAGUAGUAACAAUAAUUGCAGCAAAGAAAGCCCGCAAAUCAAUUCAAGAAAUGCCAGGAAUAUCCUUAUCAUGGCUUUAACAAUAAGAGUCAGAAUACACAGAGUAAUGGUCGAUACACAGAAAAAUAAACAACAAGGUUUGAAAGUCGUUACGAGAAGAAACACGCAACAUUAUUUUAACAGGCCUGCAUUCCAGGACAGAACAGAGUAAUUGUUAAUGAUUAACUAAAUGCCGUCAAUAUUCAAGUUAUUAAUAUAUCAUUUAGAAAGUUAAAUAUGAAUAUAAACUCUGAAAGUCCUUUGGAAGCAAAUAAUGCAAGAAUAAUGACACACUCGAUUUGACUGAGUCUGUUGAGAAAAAUUGUAAUAAUUAAAAACAGACAUAAACGAAUUUACUAGAAGUAUACGUUUAGCAGAGCUAUUUUUUUGAAGUCUAUGAGGAUGAAUAUAUAUCAAUGGUAAGGAACAACAGCGAAUUUACCCCCUUAAAAGGAAGAAAUGUUUCUUUAGAUCAAUUUGUAGAGAGUUUUGCCAGAGGUCUGGCAAUCAACAAAAUGGAAAAUCCUAUAUAUCAAAAUUUGAGAGAAAUGCUCUUAAGAAUGCAAUACUUGAUGAUACCAUACUAAUAACGAAGGAUGAGAAAAGAUGUGCUUCUAUCGUAUUGGACAAAAUAUUAUAAAAAUGGUUAUAACUUAUAACAAUACUAGAUGAUACAAUUAUUACAGACUUGAAAUUAUGACCAAUUGUUGCUGGUCCAGCGUGCCAAAUAUACAGACUCAAUAAUGUUUUAGAUAUUUUACUAAGACCACUUAAAACAUGUUCCUAGCUAUUUUACGCGAUAAUACAGUUUUUGUAAAAUCUCUUUCAGAAAAAAACAACACAAGGAUUAAUUCUAGUGUAUUUUGAUGUUGAACCUCUGUACUCUAAUGUACCGGGUGUGUACAGGACUGGAGGCAUUACACUACUGGUUAAAUCUACAUCAAGAAGAAAACAGAAACGUUUUGAUAAGGAAUUCAUCUUGAAAACAAAUUACAUAAUGACGUUUCUUCUGAAGGAUUUCAAAAAUUAUUUCAAAGAUCACUGGAAACGAUUUUUUUUUAGCUCACCUAAGCACGAAGUACGCAAAGGUGAGCUUUAGUGAUCGCCCUGUGUCCGUCGUCCGUCGUCGUCCAUCAAUCGUCCGUCCGUCGUCAGUCGUCAACAAUUUGACUGUUAACAUUCUAGAAGUCACAUUUUUGGCCCAAACUUAAUGAAACUUGGUCAGAAUGUUACCCUCAUUAAAAUCAUGGACGAGUUCGAUAAUGGGUCAUCUGGGAUGAAAAACUAGGUCACCAGGUCAGAUCGAAGGAAAAGCUUGUUAACACUCUAGAGGUAACAUUUUUAACCCAAUUUCAAUGAAACUUGGUCAGAAUGUUAUCUUAAAUAAAAUCUUGGAAGAGUUCGAUAUUGAAUCAUCAGGGGUUAAAAAAUAGGCCACCAGUUCAAAUCAAAGGAAAAGCUUGAUAACAUUCUAGAGGUCACAAUUGUUGCCCAAUCUUAAUGAAACUUGGUCAGAAUGUUACCCUCAAUAAAAUCUUGGAAGAAUUUGAUAUUGGGUUAUCUGGGGUCAAAAGCUAGGCCACCAGGUCAAAUCGAAGGAAAAGCUUGUUAACACUCUAGAGGUCCCAAUUUGGGCCUAAUCUUAAUGAAACUCUGUCAGAAUGUUACCCUUAAUAAAGUCUUGGAAGAAUUUUGUAUUGGGUCAUCCAGGGUCAAAAACUGGGUCACCAGGUCAAAUCAAAGGAAAAGCUUUUUAACACUGUAGAGGUCAGAAUUAUGACUGUAUCUUCAUGAAACUUAGUCAUAAUGUUAAUCUUGAUGAUCGUUAGGUCAAGUUCAAAUCUAGGUCAAAGUCCAGUUUGAAUCUGGAUUAUGUAAGAUCAAAAACUAGGUCACCAGGUCAGAUCAAAGGAAAAGCUAGUUUACCCUGUAGAGGCCACAUUUAUGACCAUAUCUUAAUAAAACUUGGUCAGAAUGUUAAUCUUGAUGAUCUAUAAGUCAAGUUAAAAUCUGGUUUAGGUGGGGUUAAAAUCUAGGUCACUAGGUCAAAUCAAAGGGAACGCUUGUUAACACUCUAGAGGCCACAUUUAUGACUUAACUUCACGAAACUUAGUCAGAAUGUUAAUCAUGGUGAUCUUUAGGUCAAGUUUGAAUCUGGAUCCUGUUUGGUCAAAAACUAGGUCACUGGGUCAAAUCGAAGGAAAAGCUAUUUAACACUUUAAAGGCCACAUAUAUGGCCAAAUCUAAUGAAACUUGGUCAGAAUUAAUCUUGAUGAUCUUUAGGUCAUUGACAAUAGGACAGGUGAGCGAUACAGGGCCUCAUUACCCUCUUGUUUGAUGACAUCUUCAUUUUAUGGAAGCGUUCAAUUGAAGACCUAGAAAUUCUAGAAAUACUGUCUCAAAUAAAAAUCUAAAAUUUACGAUAUCGAAAUGCAGAACUGAAUUACACUUCUUAGAUAUUUGUAAUAAAAAACAGGCACUUGUUUAGAAACAGAUGUUUACUAUAAACCAACGGACAACGAACAAUGUCAUUUAAUUUUUAAUUAUUGUCGACCGAAACGCACAAAAGUAAAUCUUCCGUUCUCUCUUGCAAGAAGGAUGUGCUAUAGUUUCAAAUACAUGCCAGUGUAAUUAUCGACUUUCAGAACUUAGAAAAUGUCAUUUACUUUGCAGUCACUCAGUCUCACUUGUUGAAAAUGGCAUAAGAAUGUCACCAAAAAAUUUUAAAAAGUGAAUUUAGACAAGUAAAAGUGAUGAUACUCCAACAAUUCUACUCUUAGGAACACACAACCCCAGAAAUGAAAACCUAUUUAGCGUCAUCAAAAAUAGUCUACUUAAAACAGAUGAUAGAAUGACGAUAUGAUAGACAAGAGCAAAUUAAUCAAGAGUUAAAGAAACUAGCUAACCUAAAGAAAUUAUUAAUGUAAUAUUUCUGUAAAUUCUUAAAUUGACGCGUUAUUAAUUUCCAUUAUUUUAAUGUAAUAAAACGUCUUUUUUGACGCUAAAGCAUUGACGUCGAUUGACGUGAAUUGUGGCGCGACGUCAUUUUUACGUAACUUGUUUAUAUUUGACGGCAUUCAAGUAAAUGUUUGAAACAACAUUGGAAAUGGAAGUUAUUAAAGCAUUUAUAAAUGCUGCAGAUGUCAAAUUCGUUAAGAGCUAAAUUUGUAUUAUGUUUUUACAAGUAAAUUUAUACAUGGAAUAUUAUACCUAGGUUUAGAAUUUGAUAUCAUAGAUAGAAAUGAAAACAAUUUGACAUAAUAUUCAAAUCUUUAAAUUUGCUGUCAUUUGUUUACUUAUUUAUUGUUUUACUUUAGAGAGAAUCACUGACGAAUAAAUAUUA